CCGGCCCCAGGACUGGGGCGGAACCCAGGCUAGACUCCGGAGCUGCCAGGACCUUCCCGACUGUCCCACCUGCAGCGCGCCCUCAGGGCCGGAACGCGGCGCCGUGGGAGCACCGCGCAGGCCCUCCGGCACAGUCUUGUAGGGCACAAUGUCUGAACAAGAGCGUAUACAGGAAUGCCUGAGGAAGGAAAUAAGGUCACUUCUCAUUUCCACCAAAGAUGGUUUGACCCCACAGCAGUUGGAAAAGGAGUACCUUUUGAUGGUUGGCAACCAUUUACCACUCCGAAUCCUUGGGUAUCGGUCCACCAUGGAGCUGGUGUUGGAUAUGCCUGAUGUUGUCAGUGUCUGCCCCUGUGGGGACGGUACUGUAAUACUGAAAGCCAUUCCAGAUGAAUCCACCAAAGGAAUAGCAAGUUUAGUUGCAAAACAGAGGGGCAACCAUAAGGUUCGAAACUCCGUGCAGAGGGGAAGGGCCAGUGUUUGCUCUGGGCCCAGCUCUCAACGGCAAGUACCUUACCGAGGAAGGGUGCCCCCUAUUCUUCCAGCUGUCGUGAAGAGUGAGUUGAAAGACCUCUUGGCGUUAUCUCCUGUUCUCCUUUCUGAUUUUGAAAACGCAUUUGCCAAGCGAUUUGGACGAUCAUUCCAGUAUGUGCAGUAUGGCUUCUUCUCUAUGUUUGAAGUGCUGAAUGCCGCUGCAGAUGUCAUUUCUGUAGAACAGACCAGAGCAGGUUCUUUGUUGAGGCUGAAGAAGAGCCUAUCCGAGGAAAAGCAGAGAGGAUGGCCAGCAGGUAAAAUUUUUACCCAGCCUUUUAGAAGGAAGCAACAAGGGUCAUAUCCCACAGUCUCCCCAGUAGCAAUGGCACGCUUUUCACAACCCACUUCAAACAGGGAACCACCGAAGCGAAUACUGGACGUGGAGAAUAUUUCUAGGUCAAAUGUGGUGGAGACUUCAAGGCUGAAUCACACUGAAAAAUUAAACCAGUUGGAGAAUACCUUCAAAUCAGUUAUUGCACAAACUGGACCUGGAGGGACUAUCAAUCCAGAGCUAAAACAUAAGAUAAAAUUUGUUGUAUCCAGGUUUCCAGAGGGUUUACUUAUUUCUAAACUUCUUGGAGAGUUUGAGGUAAUUUUUAAAGAGCAACUUUCACCCAAAAACCUGGGCUUCUUAAAUGCGACCGAGCUUGUUGGAGCUCUUAGUGACAUUCUCCAUGUUGAGUUCAGGGAAGGAGAACAAGACUUGGUGGUGUUUGAUGCUGAUAUGAAGCCUCUACCACCUGAUGGAGCUGUGUCAUCAGUCAGAAAUUCAUGUUUAGUUCAAUCAGAUAAGAAAAUAGAAGCCAAAGCUUGUGUGUCCAGUCCUCCUAGAAAUUCACUGUCUACUACUGUUAUCAAGGAGACUACACGGGAUUACCCUUCAAAAAACCACAAAGAGCCAGAACAGAAGAUUUGCAAGAAGCCUAAUCUGGUGGUAAAGCCUUUACAGCUGCAAGUAGAAAUUAAAUCACAGCUCAACUUGGCAAUGGCAAAUCAUGAUAUCCCACCUGAUGCUGUACGGGACAAGAAAUUAUGCAAACUACCCCCAUUAGGUACCAGUACCCUCGUGGGGGUCUUUGUGGAGUAUAUCAUCUCUCCUAGUCAAUUCUACAUCCGAAUCUAUAGCAGGGAUUCAUCAGAGUUACUUGAAGACAUGAUGAUUGAAAUGCGGCGCUGUUAUUCUAAUCAGCUGGUUUCUGAUCGAUAUGCCAUGCCAGAGUAUUUUAUCCAACCGGGACAUCUCUGCUGUGUAAGGAUUUCUGAGGAUAAGUGGUGGUAUCGGGUCAUUAUCCAUCGAAUUCUUGGGAAACAGGAAGUUGAAGUGUUCUAUCCAGACUUCGGAAAUAUUGGAACUGUUCAGAAGUCCUCCCUGAGGUUCCUCAAGUGCUGCUACACCAGGCUUCCAGCUCAGGCUAUCCCCUGUUCUUUGGCUUGGGUGAGACCAGUAGAGGAACAUUGGACAUCCAGAGCUAUUUUGCAGUUCCAGAAGUUGUGUGGUUUGAAGCCAUUAGUGGGGGUAGUGGAUGAAUAUGUAGAUGGAAUCCUUAACAUUUUUCUGUGUGAUACAUCCUCACAUGAAGACAUCUAUUUCCAUCAUGUCUUGAGAACAGAGGGCCAUGCUAUUGUAUGCCGAGAAAAUGUCCCUUCUAAGGGUUUCAGAGACUUCAACCCUUUAACUUUAUACACUAAGUCCAGUGCAGGGCCAGAGGACAUUGUCCUGACAGAACUGGGUUAUCCUUCCCAGCAGCACUAUUUUAAUGAAGAUCGAGAGAUAAGUCCACAAUCAAAAGAGAGAGAAUUAUAUACCCUGCGAGAUAUUAAUGAUGAAAAGGCUUUCAGUCACCUUAAGUCAGUCACCUCAAAGGAGCUGUUAAAGGAUUCUGAAUUCAGUUCUUUGAAAACCCAAGAGAAGAGCUGUGAAGACGAUCCAAAGUGUUCCUUCUCCGAGCUAAAAGAUCUGAAGGAGGAAGAUGAGGAUGAGAUUCCCACUGGAAUGCCAUGCCUGGAGUCAGUAACCAUAGGUGAUGAUAUAUGGGAUGAGAACUGGUUACCUUUGCAGGCUGGAAUGGGAGAAGGAAGUGAUGCUGCCUCCCACUUAUCUACCUCAAGCCUUGGUGGAAAGAAACCAUAUUCAUCAUGUAAAGAAAUGCCACAGAAGGAUUGGUGUUUUUCUACACCCAAAGAUAUAUGGGAUGAUUCAUGGCAGCCUUCAGGUCUUGUCAGUGGAAAGAAAGUAGAAGUUCAAAACCUAGAAGGGCUGGGUGCUCAAGAAAAAAAUACUGGCACAACCAGAAUUCAAAAGCAACCAGACUUAAAGAGUUCCUCAGAUUCUCCUGCGUUGCCCGAAUUGGAGGAGCUCUACAUCUCUCUUAUCCAGUCGCAGCAGUCAGCAGAAGGUGGCCAGUUUGAGCCUAGCAGCAUUGAGACUCGGCCAGAGCAAAUUCAGCUGUCCACAACAGCGCUCAACUCAACUCCUGCAGUGGUCGCUUCCCCACAAAAACACUCUGGUUCAGAUACAAAACCUUUGUCAGAUACAUCUGUUGCAAAUAUUUCAGUGGAAAGCUCUCCAGAGAGCCUAGAGAAUGAAGAUUUUUCUAGUAGCCAUGCUAUUACAGUGUUCAAAGAUAAGAGUCAGGGAGCCAUGGACCAGCUGUCUUUGAUUUUGUCUCCUGAGCACCAGAUUUCUCAGAAGCUCUACAUUCCUCGAAGCACAGCCACUGCUGCCUUAGGAGCUGCUGCGCGGCUAGCCACAUCCAGGAGCCUCCUGCACUGGUACCCCAGUGUGAAAAGGAUGGAAGCAUGAAAGAGCAGGGAGGAUAAAAUAAACUAGAUGCUUAGGGCAUGGUGACCUCCCAGGCCAAAAGAAGAAGGAGGUAUUGAGACAAAGUAGUAUUUUGAUGGUUGAUGCUUGUGUCUUUCUGUGUGACUCUUCGUUAGCUUUGUUAUGCUAACAGUCCGCUUUGUUGUGUAAGUAUUGAUGUUUAAUGUUAAUUUUCAUUUUUAUGGAUGUUUCUUUUUCUGUAUGGUUUUGUUCACCUUUGCUCAGUGUAGUAGUUUAAAGGAUUUUUUGUGUUUCUAUAAAUGUUUUUCUUGUAUAUAUCGUGACUGAUAAAUGUAAACUGAAAAACUAAUGUUUUGUGAUCCAUAUGCAGUAAGACAAAAAUUCUCACAUCCCUAUCGCCAGAAAAAGGAUGUCUGAAUUUUAAGGCUGCUUUUUCUCAUUUGAAAACUUCUAUAUCAUAGAGAGAAUCUAGGGCUCCAAUCUUUACCAUCAUUAUUUCUUUGAAAUACUAGGAUCAGUAAGAAAAUCCACACCAUGAAGCUUUGGUCAUGUGAACCCUUUUACAUUUAAAAAAAAUUAAGCUGUUUUUCAGCAUAGGCAAUUUCUUGAAGACUAACAACAAAAUUAUAGAGACCGAUUGUUGAAACUUAGCUGAGCCAUCUCUGUAAGUCAUCAUAGUUCCCUGGAGCCUUAAUGUAACAGUAGUUAAACAGUGGUAUUGUUUAAGCAUUUAUAUAACAUGAUGUUCUCUGAAGUCCAAUUUAUUAUGUGACAUUCUGUUUAGCUCAUAGUAUAAACCAUCAGGUGAAAAGACUGAAAGGUGAAAUUAAAGAAUGUGAGUGAUACAAAUUUCUUUGUGAUAAAAUACCAGACUUAUACCCAAAUGUAAAAAAUCCAAUACAGAAGCAUUUCUUAGUGGUAAAAUCAGAGAAAGAGGUGUGAAUUACUGGCAUGCUGCCUAUGACUAGGUUCUCACCCUUUAGCCCCUCUUCUAAGGCCUCCUGUUUUGGCAUUAAAUGGCAGAGCUGGCCCCUAGUUCCUUUCUCUCUUCCUACAAUAAGGAAUGUCUCCUCUUUCCUUCUCAGUUACUUAAUAAGCAAAAUGUCCACUGAGGAAGGGAGUGAGAUGAGAGUAAAUAUCAGAGUGCAUUUAAAUGUAGAGUAUUACUGGUUGAAACUUCUUUCUUAGAAUGAAGUGAUCAUGAAACAAAAUUUAACCCAAACUAUCUCUAACUACUGAGUGUUUUGGUUUAAAAACCUUAGAGAGGGCUUCCCUGGUGGCGCAGUGGUUAAGAAUCUGCCUGCCAAUGCAGGGGACACGGGUUCGAGCCCUGGUCUGGGAAGAUCCCACAUGCCGCGGAGCAACUAGGCCCGCGAGCCACAGCUACUGAGCCUGCGCGUCUGGAGCCUGUGCUCCCAACAAGAGAGGCCGCGAUAGUGAGAGAGGCCCGCGCACCGCGAUGAAGAGUGGCCCAUGAAGAGUGGCCCCCGCUUGACGCAACUAGAGAAAGCCCUCGCACAGAAACGAAGACCCAACACAGCCAAAAUAAAUAAAUAAAUAAAUUUAAAAAAAAAUAAAAAUAAAAACCUUAGAGAAAACAUGUUAAAUGCAGUAAAAUUUUAAAAUCCAGAUUUACCUUUAAUUCCAAUAUAUCUAUAAGAAUGGUGGUAUACUAAUUGACCAAAAAACUGUAGUCUGGAAACAUCAGUGAUAGUUGACCCAGAAAGAACAGGUUUCCCAUUUGGGUUUUUGUGAUUUUCCAUCAGACAUCUUUAUUGGAGAAGACAGUUGAAGAGUUAUAUGGAGGGUCAAUGAACAGUUAAAUAUCACAUGACAGUUAAAUUUCGUAUGUGAUACUCAACCGUGAUAUGAACUGGAAAAGCUGUUUUUCAUAUAAGUUUAGGUAAUUAUCCACAAUUUGUUUCUAAAGAAGAAAAUUCAUUUUGGAUGAUGCUUCUUAGAAUUCAUUCUUUAGAGAAGAAACCCAGAAUAUUGAGUUAUAUUCAUCACUUCUCCAGAUGGACAAUCAUUGGGUUUCCGGUAGGGUGAAUCUGGUAGAAGCAGUAUUUACAUAUUUAGUAGGUCAAACUGUAACCCUCUCUAUAACGGCACAAAACUACCAGCAAGACCUCUACCAACACUGGGUAACCUGACAGCAACUAAUUUCACACUUUGCCAGUUAGAUGGGGAUAAUGGAAUCACUGUGCUAAUAAGGCUCUUUCAGAAUCCUAUCCAUUUGCAAAUGGCCAGAUAGAGAAUCAUUUAGACAGACCCAUGUCAAACUAAUGAGUGUCAACACACUUUGACAGAAGCCUAUUUAGUAAUGAAUAGUUAAGAUCCUAUUUGAAUUAGCAGAGUGAAGAAUGAACCUUUGGAGGCUCGCACAUUUUGACUACUUGACUUUGACUAGGACAGCCAAUCUGCCAAUAUGUUUCCCUACCUUCUCCCAAAAGGUGCGCUUUGUUUGGUAGUUAACUGAAAUAGCUCAAAGCAGCAAACAAAUUUAAUAGAUCAUUUGAAAAUGAAUAAAUAGGUUUCUGUAUAUGGGCAGGAAUAGCAAUAAGAAAUGCUCAAAAGAUCAGGAGAUGCUCGUGGUUUAGGGUUAAUUAUAUUUUAUUGUCAAAAGAUGGGUUGAUAUCUACUAUACUUAGAACAGGCCCCCCCCAGGCCCCCCCCCAUAUUUUUGGUGUUAAGGAUCUAUUAGAAGUAGUGACGGUCCCCAAGAAAUGUUGACUGGGAAGUGGGGGCCUGAGGUGUGUGUUGAGGGAUUGGGGGUGAGAACACACAGGAGAAUCCUGGUUGUAAACUCCUUAGGGGUGGAAGAGAGAGUGGCUUUACUAUUAGCCACUCAGGUUUUAACUCCAGUGGCUUGUGCCAAUACCCCUCUCCCAUCCAAAAACACACCAUGGGAUAUCAAAAGAGGGCCAUUCCAGCUGAGUGAGCCAUGCCUUUUCCCUCUCACUCUCACACAUUUGAGAUGUCAGUUGUCCAUUUCAAGGUAUGGGGAUAACUAGAGACUUCUGCCUGCAGUCAGACUAUGUCUAACCUAAAGACUUAGAACUGUAGAAUUUUGGUGUAGAAGGGACCUCAGAUGAGGAAAUUUGAAACCUAGAAAGACUGACUUGCCUAUAGUAACACAGCUUAAAUUCCCAUUUCCGCUGACUCCUAGCUCCUCAGGGCCCUUUCCACAGGAAAAUAUUGCAACACCAUCUUGUGUCAUGUAAAUGAUUUGAUGCCAGAAGACACAGUUUGGGCAUAAGUCCAAAAGAAUGGUGGUUCUGAUAGAUAGCUGAGCAACCCCUGGUGUUGGUGGGGAGAGGGAUUGAUUUACAAAGAUCUCAUAUUUUUGAAUGUGGAUAGAUUAAAUAACAGUGGGCCAGUUAUACAGCUGAAGAAUCUGAAUCGGGGUGGGGGGGGCGGGAAUCUUCGGGGGUGAGAAACUAAAAUCUUACAAAGCAGUCCUUCUGAGGCUUCCUAUUAACAUUUAUACUAGGUAGCAAGGCCUUUCUAACAAACUUUUGGUAUCUUUUCAGAAUUAAAUUCAUUUUACUUAUGUAUAUACAGUGCCACAUUCAUAAUUUUCCAGGAGCCAUCACUAAGAUAUUUAAAAGAUUUCAUUUCUGAUAGCUCAUUCAGAUCUUGACGUUUUCCAAGAUGCCAACCAAGGCGCCUGUCAACUAGAUUUGUCCGUGUGCUUUGAACGCAGCCCUGUUCCUAACAGGUGUCAUUUGUCUCAUUUAGUCAGUCACCAGUUGGCCUAGUAAGUUCUUGGUGUCAUUAGCCUUUUGGAACCAGAAUACUUUAAACUCUGCCAUUCUUAACCACGUAGACAGAAAUUGUUUUAACUUCUCAGGCAAGGACUUCUCUAACUUUAGAACUAUCAUUGUGUGCCACUUUUCACAUGAAAUUGAGUGUUUGACAUACCCCAAAACUGAGUAGAGAAUUUAUUCAUAGCUAAAUUUUCUUGGUUAUAAGCAUAGAUUUCAGGAAAUGCUUUUAUCUUUCUGUGGUGUAAACUUUGUUUUAUAUUUCUGUUAAAUUUUUUUGAUGUUUUUUAGUUUAUGGAAAAAUGGUUAUAUAGGAAACAAUGUUUACUUGAUUAUUGCUUCUUGGUGCAAUUUAGAUAAAUAAUUUGAUGAGGAAACCAAAAUAUUACUCUAUUUCUGCCUUCUAAACUUAUGUUAUGGAACUAAUGGGAAGUUAUUGGGCUCAAAGAAUUACUAUUAGGCUAAUCUUUGGAGUUUGUAACAGCAUUUUGUUUGAUUUAUUUAAAUAUUUAUGAAGUUGGAAUUUGUUUUGUCAAAAAUGUCUAGGUGGUUUUUUUAUAGUUUUUGUUGUGAUAAUUCUGCAAGAACGAAAAUUUCACUUAAAUAUGUGACCCAAAGAGCUUAGUUGAGUAAAAUACAAAAUCUCCUUGUGUAGUUGUGAAAACAAAUAUUUGACAUUCUUCUUGACCAAAAUAUAUGUCUUCAUCUUCGGCAUGACCUCUUUAUUCUUCAAGUACUUUGGCCUUUGUAAACCUUUGCUGUAUUGUAAAUACUUUUAUUCCAUGAAAUUGGAGAUUCAUUCACACUGGAGCCUUUUCUUAAGUACCCGGCAGCCACACUUCAAAGACUUGUUUUCUUUCUCUCCUUCAUAGCAACGGAUCAAACCCUUCUAAGCCAUCUUCCAGUUUCUUAAAUUCUCUUUUGAGACUAUUCCACACAUGAAUUCCAAACCUAGUCCCAUCUUGCUGUGACUGUAAUUCAGUGCUCUUUCAGUCACUUCCUUGAUUUCCUGGUUCCACAUUCAGAGUCUGCUGCAGUAGCUCUUCUGCCUCGAGCAGAGUAUUUCCAGGUGGUUCUCAACACCAUUUAAGUGAUGUUUGGUACAAACUCUUCCUUAAUCUGUCAUUCCACAGGACCACAGGUGGAAACCAAAGACUGAGCUCAGUUCAUUUCUUACUACAACAAAUGACUCCUUGACAAAAGCCUCCUGUUACUACAGUGUUGUUACUCAUAUAUUCUGAUGAAAAAUCUCUUCUCAUACCAUGUAUAUGACAA